CCCAAAGCGGAAAGAGGCAGGAUGUCGGACAAGCAGCAGGAAAGGCCACCAAUCCCCGAGGAGAAGGAGCAGCAGCAGCAGGAGGAGCAGGAGCAGCAAGAGCAGGUGGCUCCUGGCAGCAGAAAUGCCUGUUGCGGAUCUUGCCCGAAUGCGGAAGUGGAUGCGGAACCGGAAGUGGAAAUGGACGUGGAGGUGGAGGAGGCAUCGGGAGCAGCUGCCGGCGGAUCGGAUGCAGCCGGUCUAGCCAAUCCGAAUCCGGGACUGGAACGCGACAGGGACAGGGACUCGCACGGCGACAGAUCCACUCAUCGCGAUGAGUUCGGCACACAGCGUGUGUACAAGAAGACCUCGCCGAACUGUGUGCUGACUUUAUAUCUACCCACUCGCGAGAUAACGCUCACCGGAAAUAAUCCGUCCGUUUUGAGGGGCAUCGUCUACGUGGAUCCGAAGGCCAUCCAGGGAUAUCGCGUAUACGCCCAGCUGACGCUGACGUUCCGGUAUGGCCGCGAGGAUGAGGAGGUGAUGGGUCUGCGAUUCUGCAACGAGGCCAUCAUGUCGCUGCACCAGAUUUGGCCACGACUCGAGGAGCCCACGCCCGAGUCCCUCAGUCCACUGCAGGAGGCGCUGAUGAAGCGCCUGGGCGAUGGAGCCCACCCCUUCACCCUCUCGCUGUCCUCCUACGCGCCACCCAGUGUCCAGUUGGUGCCCGCCAAGCGGUACUACGGAGCUCCAAUUGGCACCAGCUACGAUGUCCGCUGCUUCAUCGCGGACAAAACGGAUGAGAAGUUCCAUCGCCGGGCGUCCGUCAAGAUGGGCGUACGUGUCAUCUAUCGCACGGAUGUCUUUCACCAGCACUUGGCGCCCGAACAGUAUGCCGCCUUCGCCGGCCGUCAGAACAACGCCCAAUCGCCGCCGGCCAGCGCCACGCCCCCCUCGGGCGGCGAGGGCGGCGAGCAGCACACCAGCCACACCCAUCAGCAGUCGCAGUCGCAGCCCACCAGCGGUUCCAAGCACAAGUCCAAGUCCGAGCGCGGCGACUCCUUCCCCAAGUUGCGCCUCUCGCCGAAAUCCUUUCGGUUCAGCGGUCGCUUCGGGCGCAGCAAGAGCGAGAUCGAGAAGUGUCCCAAUGACCCGUUCCACAGCUACAGCAAGUCCUUCCAGGAGCACUGCGACAGCAUGUUGCCGCCGCACACUGGCGCCGGGGUCACCGGAGGCAUCGGUGGCGUCAGCGUGGGUCCUUGUGGCGGUCCUCAAGGAUCCGUGGACAAGCCGUUCCUGCUGCACGACGGCCGCGUGGGCCUGAGGGCCAGCCUGGACAAGGGCUGGUAUACACACGGCGAGGACGUACAGGUGACCGUCAAUAUACGCAACGACAGCCGCAAGACGGUGCGCAAAGUACGGGUCUGCGCCAUUCAGCACGUCGAUGUUUGCAUGUUCAACAACGGCAAGUUCAAGAAUGUGGUGGCCGACUCGGAUAAUGUCACACCGCCGGUGGACCGCACAGUGGCCGCUGGAGCCUCGCUGAACACCACGGUGACGCUGCGUCCGCAACGCGGUCCCACCAAGAACUGGAUCGCCCUGGAGGACACCUUGCAGCGCAGCACCGAGCCGGAGGAGAUCACCGGCGCCAUCGCCGCCUCGGCCAUCCGCUCGCCCCACUUUGUCAUGCAGAACGCCCAGCUGCUGGGCGGUUGCGGUCAUCCGCUGGGCAGUCCGGCACUGGUCACCCCACAUCCACACCUGUGGCAGCCGGGCCCACAAGGUCAGGGUCAGUCGGGCAAUCCGAAUGCCGCCGCUGGCAAUGAGGAGCGCAACGUGUUCGCCAUCUACGUGUCCUACUACGUCAAGGUGAAGCUCACCUUGAGCGGCAUGGGCGGCGAGCUGUCCCUGAAGUUGCCCUUCGUCCUCGUCCACGUGGAUGAGACACAGCGACCGGGCUUCGCCUCCGCCACGCUGGGCGAACUGCGUAUGGAGAUGGAGCGUCUGGCCCUGCAUGAUGCACCCGUGGGCAAGCGGAAUGGGCGACGGCAGGCACAGGCCACGGCCACAGAGAUCGGAGAUGGACCCUCCACCAGUGCGGCUGCUGCCGCCGCAGCCGCUGCUGCCAAGUCGGCCAAGUCGCAAUCCUUCGGCCAGUCAGGAUCGGGGCAUCUGGACAUGAUCGAGAGCCUGGACGAUGAGUUCAACAUCCGGGUGCCGGUGCCACGGAACGGUGGCUCCCACAAGCGCCGUUUGCUGCGCAGCGAGACCUUGGCCCGCGACCUGGAGGAGCACGAGGAGCAUGGCCCGAUGCCCGAGGAAGAGGACCACAUCGUCCAGAUCCACUUGGAGCAGGUGUCGCCGGACAGGGACGAGGUGCAGCCCGAGGAGCGCGCCCAGGAGGGGCAGGUGAGCCACGCCCCCGGUGCCGAGACCGGGGCGGUACCCAAGUCGUCGAAUGUGUGAUUCUGAUUGUGGUCCCAGAUGUUUGCCAAGCGCAAGAGGAAGCCGUAGUCGGUAGUACCCGAUUUCCCAAGUGGCAGUAUAGGGUAAUUUCCCAGAACGCGAACAUCGAUUGAACGGCACAGUUUUCUUCGUUCUCAAAUCGAUCAAGUAUAUAACUAUUUAUGUUUGGGCCUAAUUUGUUUAAGCAGUUUCCCGUUCUUUUUAUUUAGGCAUUUUAAACUGUUUUUUGCUGUAGCAAUGCCAUUCAAACGUCCAAA